CAACCUUUGAGUUUAAAUAACGUUACUCCUCUUCUGCACAGAUCCCACGUUCUUCAGCUCUCAAGUCCCAACCUUCAGCUGUAUAUAUACCGAACUCUCCUUGCUGAAGAAUCCAACGUCCCCUCUCGGAGCCAUUAUUUUUGUCACAAAGAAGUUAAUAACAACACAAAAAAGCCCUCAUUCGUCACCAAUCUCCACCUUUUUUACAGAGAAUGGCUGGGAUCAAACCUGGUGUGCUAGCUCUGUUUGAUGUGGAUGGCACCCUUACCGCCCCGCGAAAGGCGGCUACUCCUGAAAUGUUACAAUUCAUGCAGAGAUUGAGGAAGGUUGUGGCUGUUGGUGUUGUUGGGGGUUCUGAUCUCGUUAAGAUAUCAGAACAGCUUGGAAAGACAGUUAUAACUGAUUACGAUUAUGUUUUUUCCGAGAAUGGCCUGGUGGCUUAUAAGGGAGGAAAGCUGAUUGGAACACAGAGUUUGAAGUCAUUUCUUGGUGAAGAAAAGCUGAAGGAGUUUAUUAACUUCACACUCCAUUAUAUUGCUGAUUUGGACAUCCCAAUAAAAAGGGGUACAUUCAUUGAGUUUCGAAGUGGUAUGCUUAAUGUGUCCCCAAUUGGGAGGAAUUGUAGUCAGGAAGAAAGAGAUGAGUUUGAAAAAUAUGACAAGGUUCACAAUAUACGUCCAAAGAUGGUCUCAGUGCUAAGGGAGAAAUUUGCACAUCUUAACCUUACCUUUUCAAUUGGAGGACAAAUUAGUUUUGAUGUUUUCCCUCAAGGAUGGGACAAGACAUAUUGUUUGAGAUACGUUGAUGAGUUUCCGGAGAUUCACUUCUUUGGUGACAAGACAUACAAGGGCGGAAAUGAUUCCGAGAUCUAUGAAUCUGAGAGAACCGUGGGACACACAGUUACUAGCCCGGAUGAUACAGUAAAGCUGUGUUCAAGUCUUUUCCUGGGCAAGGAGGAUGCAGAUUCUUGACCAUGUUGCAUACUCUUGGCUUUUCAAUUGUUUCUAGUCAUUUAUAAAGUGGUCUUAAGUUCUGAAACUUUCCAUCUACGCUGUAUUAUCAUUCUUAUGUAUGUUCAAGUUGUAAAAUUUUGCCUUGUAAUCUGUGGAUUUAGUAAAAAUUCCUUUCAAACAAUAACCUUUUGCUAAACAGUGUAUUUAUUCUGUUCUAUGUAAUGAAGAAUAAGAGGCAGAAAGACCAAGGCCUUUUUCUAGCA